AUGAAUCCAGGGACGUGUGCUCACGUGACUAGCGUCGCCUAUCCGUCGAUAACGCCCAGACAGCUGCCACUGCCCUCGAACGAGCGUGCCGUGGCUCUUCAACAGGUCACUAUGGUGAACUACGGCGUAUCCCGCGCAUGCGGAACGUGUCGGAAGCGCAAGCUCAAGUGCGAUGAGGGCCGGCCGGAAAUCAAACUUCGCAGGUAUGUAUGCGCUGUACGAAGUCCCACCGGGUCUGCUUCGGAUACAGAAACGAAGAGGAUUUCAGAUUUCGUCAUUACGUCGUCCCAUGUCCCCCUGCAGGAAGGGCGCACAGAUUUUCAGCACGUAGGGCAAGACAGCUUGGAGACUUUCCUGAAGGAUUAUGCCGUUGUACCCGCCAAUCCAAUCCUGUCUCGCGGAUUUAUGCAUAGGUUGCCAUCUCUUCUGGUGCAGGCUGAUAGGUCCUUCAUCCUGGCACGAGCAGCUCAGCUUGUCGCCAACGCCAGUCUUGCCAACCGGACGAGCGACUCAAAUAUUUUACACGAAGCUAGACGGCAAUAUGUGUGCCUACUUCGUGAUUUCCAUCACUCACUUUCACAUAUCAUCAAAGAGGCCCCAAUCGAAGCCCUCGCUACUGUGGUCCUGCUGGGCUUGUACGAGAUUGUCACCUCGGAUGGAAAUGCCUUUGGACAUGUAGCGCAUGUGCGCGGAAUAGGUGCCAUUCUUACGGAAGAAGCAUCGCCCUUUGACCUACACGCUAGUACACACCUGUUUAAAGUCGCUAACCCUCUGGUUAUCAAACAUCCACUUGGGGCGUACAAAUUACCAAGCGUACUUGGCGCCCCAGGAUCCCACGAAUCCAUCGAAAGCUUGGAUUCAAUCCUCGUUCAGUGCCAACCAUUGUUCCUCGAGGCAAGCGCUCAACUCCAGAGACCCAACUUGCCGCAAGAAGCGUUGGAGUGCACGUUCGAACAUGCAUUGGAAAUCGAGAAAUCUUUUUCGCAGUGGGACAUGGACCAUUCUGGUUUUUGGAAAGCCUCACCAGUUGGCUUCAUCUCCCGAUCAGCAGCCGAGGCAUCUAGUUGUGCCUAUUGCAGGUCUGGUCCUGUCCACACUUAUCUUGAUGCCGUCAUCAACACUUACCGCAAGACUCGCUUGAUGCUCCUUGAGAUCCUCAGUCGCAUGGCGCGACAACUGGGCCGAAGCGAAGUGCUCCUGGGGUUUGGGCAGCAGUCCAGUGGCCUGAUUGAGCAUAUACUGGCAUCCAUUCCAUAUCAUUUGGCUAGCGAUCCGCAGGCGUAUCUGACCCUCAUCGACGCCGGGGCCACGCCCCCAAGAGGCCGCCCUGUAGGCGGCCUGCUUCUGCUCCAUCCCCUCUAUGUUCUACCAACUAGUCAAUCUCUUUCAGGUCCAGCAAAAACGUAUGUGCUUGAUGUUCUUGCUUGGAUUGGCGAGCAUAUGGGUAUCGGGCAGGCAACAAUGAUGGCCAAGCUACUGCACACUACGAAGAAAUCGCGAGUUUUACCUGCGGACGCUGCUGCGAACAUCGACGCCGAAGUCGCCUCCCGCAAAAGGGACCGGAUGGAGGUCACAGUGGUCGGCUGGUACUCGGACGACGAUCCGGAAAAUCCCCAUAAUUGGUCCUUUGGGAAGAAGUUAUGGGUUGCUAUUCUCCUCUUCGUGUACACGUUUAGUGUGUACAUAGGCUCGUCUCUUUACACGGCCAGUGAAGAUGAUAUCACCCAAGUGUUUGGCAUCAGCGAUGUGGCGGCAUCGCUGGCUUUGGCUUUAAAUCCGUCAAUUGGACGAAUGCCUCUAUACGUUGUCACAUUUUUCAUCUUCGUGGUUCUCUGCGUACCCAUGGCUCUGGUAGACAACCUAGCAGGGGUCCUGAUGCUUCGUUUCUUACUCGGCUUCUUUGGUUCCCCGUGCCUUGCUACUGCGGGCGCUAGCUACGGGGACUUUUUUUUCUCCAACCGGGAUGCCCUACGUGAUUGCAGUCUGGGGAGGGGGUGCAACUCUUGGUCCGCUUGGCACGUGAAGGCACUUGGUCCAUUGGUGGGUGCUUUUGCAGUUCAGGCGAAGGGAUGGCGGUGGAGCUCCUGGGAACUAUUGUGGCUGUCAGCUCCAACCAUGGUCCUGAUGUUCUUCUCCAUGCCGGAGACAUCUUCGGAAAACAUUCUUCUCAAACGGGCGCAACGCCUUCGUCGAAAGACGCUUCGACCUGACCUAAAAUCAGAGUCUGAGAUUCGACAGGCUAGGAUGGACCCUCGGCAGGUUAUUUUCGACGCGCUGAUCAAACCAUGGGAAAUGAACGCUCUGGACCCCGCAUCCUUCUUUGAGUGCUUCCCGCUUGUUUACGAAGAGAUGUACAACUUCAAUUUGGGCCAACUGGGACUGGCGUUCCUAUCUGUACUGUGUGGGCUCUGUGUCGCGGUCUGUUUGUUAUGCGCGUAUUUCUACUACCUGCAACCGAAACGCCUUGCGAAGUUCGACACUGUGCCACCAGAAGCACGUAUCUGGCCCGGGCUCUUUGCGACCUUCCUGAUCCCAAUUGGGUUAUACCUAUUCGCAUGGACAGCGCGGCCUUCACUCCACUGGAUAAUCAGCAUGAUCGGGAUCGCCAUUAGCAUGUGUGGCGUCUUCGUCAUCACACAAUGCAUGUUCAUCUACCUACCAUUCACCUACCCGCGCUACGCUGGCUCCCUGUUCGCAGCUAACGGCUUUGCCCGCAGCCUCCUUGCAGCUGCGUCGAUUUUGUUCUCGACCCCCCAUGUUCAAUGCCAUUCAGGUAUCGGGUGGGGGUGA